UUCGUUGCAUUCGGUCCAAUCGUUGACAGGAUCGUCCAAUUUUUUUUUUGAGUCAUCAAGUCUAGAUCGGAUAUACAUACACAUACACCAAUCAUGCCUUCAACAAUGAACUACCGAGUCAUCGAGCCUCACCCUUCCGUUUCGCGCCCGGCUCUCCACACAGCUCGCGGCGGCGCAGGCAACAUCAUCAGCUUGAAGAACACCAAGACCACCCCAUCGCAGACAGCCACCGGGCCCGCCUCACUGACACGCCUGGACUCUCGUGCCCCUACUGCCUUCAUCUCCGGCCGGGGCGGCGCAGGAAACGUCCACAGCAGCUCGGAACGGGCCAUCUUUAGCUUCGACGAGGAACUCGAACGGGAUCUCCGCCGCGCCGCACCAGUCUACCACGUCGGCCGCGGCGGCGCCGGCAAUAUGGUCUUCAGCGACAACGAGAGCUCCCUGAGCCGCAAGUUCUCUAUCAGCAGCAAUACCACAUCAAGUAGCGCGGGCUCGACCAGCUCCACUCGCGAGAAGGCCCUGCGCGGCUUAGAAAAGGGCUGGGGCAAGUUGAGGGGAAUGGCAUAGACGUACUGCAAAACUGUGCAUGCGUUCGAGCGCCUUUUUGAUCCAACUUGGGAAGCGUUCCCGCAUUCGACUCACGACCUUAACGACCACUACAAAAAAAAGUUCUUGAUACUC